AUGUCACAACUAGAUGCAAUUUACGUCCUCUGUGGCAAUAAAUCCAAACAUAAAAAAUGGGCUAAAAACUGGAUAAAAAUCAAAGGUGUUCAUACAAACAUCAAAGAAAUUUGUGAAGCAUUGCAAUUGGCUACUAAUCAGCGUGAUCAGGACACAAUUGCCGUAAGUUUUCUCACGGUAAACGAAAUGACUUCGACUGAUAAUUCAAAUCAAUUGGAACCAACAUUUAUGUAUACACAGAUAUUCAAGGAAAUUCUCCUUGAUAUGGGACAUGAUAAUCAGGCCAUCUCAGAUUUUAUUACGUACAGCCGACUGAAUAAUUCCGGAUCGUCAAUCAAUAUUAAUCGAUUUGAAAAAGAAUACCAUUCUCAAUCAGCUAUUCGGUGGUAUACUUUAACACCAUUUAUUUACUGUAUGCUCAACGAUGCUCUACGCUCAAUGGAAGUCAAUACCAUUAUUAAUAUGGGCUUUUUUAUUCGCGAUCUUCAUCAACAAAUUCGGCGCUUAUAUCAACAACAAAUUACUAAAUACCAUCAGAAACCAUUCAUAGUUUACCGCGGACAAGGUUUAUCGAAAGAAAAUUUCGAAAAAUUACAAAAAUCAGAAGGUGGUUUAAUAUCUUUUAAUAACUUUUUAUCCACUAGUACAGAACAAGACAUAUCUCUCGUAUUUGCCCGAAGUGCGUCCGAAAAGGUGGACAUGGUCGGCAUUGCUUUCAAGAUGUUAAUCGAUCCUUGUAUUAAAUCAGUGCCAUUUGCCUUCAUCACGGAGGUGAGUUCGUUUGAUGGAGAAGACGAAGUUCUUUUUUCAAUGCAUACCGUCUUUCGAGUGGGCGCAAUUCAACACAUGGAUAAUAAUAAUCAACUUUAUCAAGUUGAAUUAAAAUUAACGUCGGAUGAUGACCAACAACUACGAUUACUUACUGAUUGGAUACGAGAAGAAGCUGCUGGUAUUACUGGAUGGCAACGAUUAGGUCACUUAUUGCUUAAAAUUGGUCAAUUUAAUCAAGCUGAAGAACUUUAUAAUGCAUUGCUCAAACAGGCAUCUGAUGAGAGCGAAAAAGCGCUUUAUUAUAAUCAGCUUGGAGGUGUCCAUUUUAAUCAAGGUAAUUACAAGAAGGCUGCUCGGUAUUUCGAGCAAGGACUUGAAAUCUGCCAAACAGCUCUUCCUUCAAAACAUUCUCAUUUGGCUACGUCAUGCAACAACAUCGGUAGUGUGUAUAAAAAGAUGGGCGAGUACUCGAAAGCACUUUUAUUCUAUGAAAAAGAUUUUGAAAUCUGCCAAAAAACUCUUCCUUCAGAUCAUCCGAAGUUGGCUACUUCAUGUAACAACAUUGGUAGUGUAUAUAAAAAGAUGGGGGACUAUUCCAAAGCAUUAUUAUUUUACGGAAAAGCACUUGAAAUCUGUCGAAAAGCUCUUCCUCCAAAUCAUCCUCAUUUAGCUAUUUCAUGCAAUAACAUCGGUUUAGCGUAUGACAACAUGGGCGAGUACUCGAAAGCACUUUCAUAUUUAGAACGUGCUCUGAACAUAUGGCAACGUGCAUUACCUCCAACUCAUCCUGAUAUUAAAAGUGUGAAACAAAUUAUAAUGCUUCGUUUACUUCUAUUAGUAUGUUUGGCACAUUUAGUCGUUGGUAGAACGAUCACUGGAAAUAUUGUCCUUAAAAGCAAUCCUGAUAAGACUAUUGUGUUACCAAAUGGAUGUCAAUAUAUCGUUCAAGUUGUCGAUGCAUCACGAGCUGAUGGUAAAGCUACUGAAUUAGGAACAACACAAUAUACACUAGUAUCAUCUUUACCACACUCAUAUACGGUAACAUGUGUACCUAGUGGUCUACCAAUGGGUUCUGAUUCGCUACAAGCUCAAAUAAAAUGUCCAAAUGGUCAAAUGUAUAUCAAUGAUCAUCGAAUAUCUGUACCGGACAAGGAAGGUGAUAACAUAACAAUAGAUAUUGGAGUUAUUAGCCAUCACUGA